CGAUUGGCUGUCUGGCUGUGACCUCAUCCGCUUCAUUCGCAUUUCCGUUUUCUUUUACCUUUAGCUAAGCUAUACGGUUAGCUUUGUCGUUUUUAAAGAUGACAGAACAAAAACCAGAGAAUAUUAGCUCCAUACCCAUCGACGGAUUCAGUAAUUUAAGAAUAACGUCGAUAUGGACGUUUCUAAUGUCGGUGCAGUGGUCUGAACCAUGGCUAAUUGGGCUCAUAGCAUUUCAUGUUCUGUGUUUGUUCCUGACUGUAGUAACCUGCAAGUUUUACAGAGCUCAGAUCUGCCACUUCCUGGUCAUAGUUGGCCUGGUUUAUAGUGCUGAAUAUCUGAAUGAGCUGGCAGCGAUGAACUGGAGGUCUUUUUCUAAUUUCCAGUAUUUUGACUCCAAGGGAAUGUUCAUAUCACUGGUUUACUCAAUUCCUCUCCUUCUCAAUGCAGUCAUCAUCGUGAUGGUGUGGGUUUACAGGACCUUUUCCACCAUGACUGAACUCAAGACGCUUCAGCUGAAGCGAAGGGCCCGUCGAGAGAAGAGGGAGAAAAACGACUGAUCCCUUUCCCCAUGUCCGUACAUGGCCUUCACCGGGAGAAUUGAGAAUCUCUCCCCUGCUAAUCCUGAAUUUUGGAAAAGGAAAACAGAUUUGCUCUUGUGACUUUAAAAGGACUACUUUCUUUCACGGUGGAAGUCUCUCUUAUCCUUAUUUUUUUUUUUUUUAAUUUUAUUUCUUUUUUUUUAGCAGCGGAAGUUAUUCAAUGGGAUUUAUGUAGAACAAAGGUUAUUAUUGUUUUCUAUUUUUAUUGUCUCAAAGUGUGCUACAAUGAAAUAUAAAGAACAGUUUUCUAAAGAA